AAGUGCCACGGCGGCCCUCUGCAGCCCGGCGCGUGCUUCCUCCCGGCCCCAGUAGGCGGAGGCUCCUCAUUCUCCCCUCAUAUUGCACUUCCGCUUCCGUUGCUAGGACGGGGGGGGGGGGGAAGAGGCGAGUGGGAGACAGUGAUGGCAGUGGCGCGGUUUGCGGCUUCGUAUGGGCGUGCUUUGAGCGGAGCCGGGAGAGCCUCUCUGUUGUGGUCUACAGCCCGAAAAAGUUCAAGGAGUGCUUCAGUACAGCAAGGGCUCCUUCCAAAAACAUCCUUAACUUCACCCCCAUGGCCUGAAAUCAAACUGCCAGAUCCAGCAGAAGAGGUAAAGCACCAUAAUGACCUUCUACAGAAAGUGAAUGAACUGAUUGCUAACCAACAAUAUGGAAGGCUGUUUGCAGUUGUCCAUUUUGCCAGUAGACAAUGGAAAGUAACCAGUGAAGACUUAAUUUUAAUUGAAGGUCACAUACCAGCUGAAUGUGGAGACAGAAUCCGAAUGGAGAAGGUAUUGCUGGUUGGUGCAGAAGACUUCACUCUGCUUGGGAGGCCACUUCUGAGGAAGGACCUUGUCUGUGUGGAAGCUACUGUUAUUGAAAAGACAGAAUCUUGGCCAAAAAUUAACAUGAGGUUUCGUCGAAAAUGCCAUUUCCAGAGGAAGAGAAUUAUGAUUCAGCCACAGACAAUCCUGAGGAUAAACACCAUUGAAAUUGCUCCCAUUCUGUCAUGAUAAAUCUUGGUUUGUUCAUUAGAGCUUUAGGGCAAUAUGAAAAAGAAAAAUGUUUCCGUUGCAUUCUGUCAUUGCCUCUACUAGAAAUGUAUUAGUAAAUAAAAUUCCUGUCCUACCAUUA